AUGACCAUGGUGACAAUGAACACUAUUUGUUUAUUUAUAUUAGUACUUAGCUUGUCAAGUACUGAACAAUUUAAUCUCGAAACUUGUCGAUCUCCGCUGGGAAUUGAAACAGGAAAGAUAUUGGAUUCAGCUUUUUCAUCAAGUAGUCAUGCUGGAAUAAAUUCAACUGCAUCAAAAGCAAGAAUUCGAAGUGAGCGUUAUGGAUGGUGUCCUUUGAAUAAAAUUUCUACAACAACAUAUGAAUAUGUAGAAAUUGAUUUAGUCAAUUUAACUGUUAUAACACUUAUUGAACUUCAAGGAAAAUUUAGCCAACAACUGAAUGAAGAAUAUGCAGAUGCAUUUCGUAUUGAAUAUCGUCGUGAUAAUCAACAAAAAUGGAUUAAAUACAAAGAUUUUGCCGGACAAUAUAUUUUAAGUGGAAAUGCAAAUAGUCAUAUACCAGCAAUGCGAGAUAUUUUACCAUCAUUAAUUGCUAAACAAAUUCGAAUUAUACCAAUUGUGACUACAUUGCAACCGAAACAUAUUUGUAUGCGUUUAGAACUUUACGGAUGUUCGUACGAAGACGGUCCUAUUUCAUAUUCAAUUCCGCAAGGAGAUAAACGUGGCUAUGAUGUUGAAUUCAUUGAUGAAACCUACGACGGACAUAAUGAUAAUGGAACAUUAAAAGAUGGUCUUGGUCAGUUGACCGAUGGAAUUUUAGCUGGUGAUGAUUAUCGUCUAGCAGACAAUGUUCAAGGCAUAGGCAAACUUGGCUAUGAUUGGAUAGGCUGGAGACGAAAGUCAACUUCAACAUCGAAUAUAAAUCUUUUUUUUCAAUUUAAUAAAAUUCAAAAUUUUACUUCAAUUCGUUUGCAUACAUCGAAUUUAUUUCAACGUGAUGUACAUCUUUUUAAUUCAAUACUAAUCGCAAAUUGUGACGACAAAAUUACUCGUAAAACGUUCUUAAACAUACCCGAAGAUUACCUUAAACCUCAAGCAAGAUUUGUUGAUGCUUCAUUAAAUUCUGAUCGUGGAAUUGUAACUAAUUGUUUAAAAUUAACAUUGACAUUUAAUAAUCGAAGCAAAUGGAUAUUGAUUAGUGAAGUUCUAUUUGAAUCGAAACCAAUAAUUAAGAGUAUUCCAUUGUUAACAACAGCAACAACAAUAACAACAGCAACAACAAAUUAUUUACCACCGUUAAUUAAUAAUGGACUAAGUAUUAUUCAAUAUUGGCAUUGGUUGUUAUUCGCAUCAAGUCUACUAUUACUUUUAAUUGUUUUAUUAGUUAUUUUUUAUCUUCAAUGGAUUCAGUCGACUCGAAAUCAGAAAAAAAUUCGCCAAAUGACUGCUCAUUUAAAAUUCGAUUCAAGUUAUCAACCAAUAUCAAUCAAAUUUCCAGCAAAAUCUCGAAUAAAUUGUUGCUAUAUUCAUUCGAAUGACAAUACCCCUUUAGAUGGUAACUCGACAUGUUCUACUUCGAACAAUGAUAUGCGUCGACAUUUAAUCAUUUCAACAGGAACCUCGCCAAAAUGUGAUAGAGCUACAAGUGGUUCCGAUUUUGGUACUAUUAGCACAGCAAGUCCAGCAACAAUGUCAACAGUAUAUCAAUCAGUUCUUAAUCCUUAUCUAACAGCUGUUACGCAAGAUGCAUUGAAUGUGACAUCGAAUCCAUAUGCUUCCAUUGACGUUUAUACUAAUCCAAUAACGUUUGAUGAAACGAUCUGUAUCGAAAAUCCACUAAAAAGUAUUCAAGGUCCAUGUGGUAAUAGUACGUAUCAAUCGUUAUCAACAGCAAAAGAUUCAAAUAAUAAACCAACCAUUUCAUAUAUUCCUGAUGAGCAAUUAGUUAUGGAAGAACGUUAUUCAACAAUUGAAGGAUGUUUUGGAACGAUUGUUCGUGGUUAUAUAUAUCUUCGUCAACCAUACGAUAUACUUAAGCCGAUACUGAUUAAAGCGCUUAUUACCAAUGAUUCUAUUCAAAAAGAAUUAUUUAAUCAAGAACAUGAGUUAAUGAAUCGUUUAAGUCAUCCAAAUUUAGUACAAUUUUUUGGUUAUUCAAUUAAACAAAAUUAUGCUCUUGUUGAGCAUAGUAAUUUAGGAGAUCUUCAUACAUUUUUAUCAACAAAACAACGCCUUCAACAGGAUGAACCAACAAUUUCAUUAAAUAUUCGUCUUCUUAUUAUAACACAACUAUCUAACGCUCUGCGUUAUCUUGAAUCAGAAAAUAUUGUUCAUCGAGACGUAUCUGCAAGAAAUUGUUUAAUCUAUCCAAAUUAUGAAAUAAAAUUAAUGAAUUCAGCUAUUGUUUCAAUGCAAUUUCAAUCCCAUUAUUUUAACAUUAAUAAUUGUCGUUUACCAGUUCGUUGGAUGGCACCAGAAACAAUUUUACCUAAUGAAUUCAGUUGCCAAUCCGAUGUUUGGUCAUUUGGUAUAACACUUUGGGAAGUAAUGACAAAUUGUUUAACAUUACCAUAUGCUUUAUUGACUAAUGAAGAAGUCUAUCAACGAUUGAGAUUAAUGGGAACUAACGUAAUGAGAUCAUCAGGCAGUUUACAAUUAUCAAAACCUGAAUAUUUAAGUAAAGAACUUGUUGAUUUAAUGCUGGAAUGUUGGCGUCCAUAUGGUGAAAGACCAACAUUUCAUGAAAUAUUUACUUUCUUUAAUAAACGACUGGACGGUAUUAAUAUUAUUUGA